UGAUGAAGGCCAACCAGAGGUAGGCGAUGACUCAGUCUGCCAAUGCAUACAACAACCAACUAAAGUAACACCGAAGCCUAUCAACAACACUAUCAUCACUAUUCAAUAGACCCGCCAACACAACGGAAAGAGGCAUCUGCAUUUGCUUAUCAGAGCUGCAAGAAGAGGUAUUGGCACUCGAGCUUUCGCUCUGGAGGUGUCAUUGUCUCGGUUUCAGUUACUAGCCAGCGUAGAUUCUUCUUUUUUCAUCAUGGCUUCCGAUUUGCUGAUGCUCUCACUACCCGACAAUAGCGUGUCGCCUGGUGACAUACCAUGUGGAGACGAUGAAGAUGUGGCUGGUUAUCACGCGAUGAUGAAGGAGCUACCCACCAUUGUGUCCAUGUCGGGUCUUUUAGAUGGAGAUUUCGACGAGCUUCAUGAAAUUCAAAAUCUAUUAGCUCCAGUCUCCGACGAUGACGACAUAGAUGAAGGCUAUGAGGCUGCCAGGAAAGCAGUGGAUGCUGCUGAGAGUACUAAUGAUGCUUAUAUUCAGGCUAUGGUCCCAAAUCCGAUCCCCACGGAUGACUUUUCAGAUGGAUAUGAGGUGUCUGCAAGGGCUGCGGCAUUGGAUGAAAAUUUGGGCUUUCCUUCCGCUGCCUUGAUUACACCCACAACCGACUUUCCCACCUCUCUGUCCGUCCGAGCACCAGCCAACAAACGAGACCACAAUCAAUUGGAAGCAGGUCUGGUCACUCCUGUUCCAACCGAAGCUGUCCUGCCAUUGAGAAAGAAAAGCAAGCUCCACUCCCCUUCUACAGCAAAAGGUCCUGCUACCCUUCGGACAUCGUUGGACGGUGUCAGUGCGCCAAAUCCUCUCUUAUUCGGUAGGCCCAUCAAGUUGCCAUCAGAAACGGCUUUGGUUACUCCCGUGGCUGCUGCCAAGGCUAAAACCACCAAAGUGACCCUCAAGGCCAGAUCCUCUCCCAAGUCACCAAAAACCAAAACGUCGAAACAGAUCCCUUGCAAUCUGCCUCCACCGGUCCUGAAGAAAGUCGACCCCCCAAAGCUGAGGAAACCCACCAAGUUUGUAUCUCCAGAACAAAUUCUAUCAUAUCCCGUUCCUACAGUCUUGGUGGAAAAAAUCAAGGCGGCCAGCAAUGCCCGCCGACCUCCACUUUGCAAGUUGGUUUUCAAGGCAAAGGUGGAAUCCAAGCUGACUGGAUCCACUCACGAAGCCGUUGCUCGCAUUUCUGCGCCCCCUCAAAAGACCAAACCAGGUUGUGUUGUCAACAAUAGCAACAACAACCCAACCGCCUCUGCCACUGCUUCCAAGAAGAAAGCGAGCAACAAUAAAACCAAAAAGAAAUCUGGAGGAUCGCCCUCCAGUGUUCCCAAAAAGAAAGUCACUGCUGUCGUCCAAGCCAAGAAGAAUCCCAUCGUAGUCAAGAACCCCCUUGCCACCCAGGUCACCAUCCCCGAUACCCAAGUCAAAGUUCCCGUCCCCGCUGAGCCUACUGAAGUCGUUGCAUCGGAGCCUCGCCCUCCUCCUCCUCCUCUGGUGAAAACUGAAAUGCUCAUGGUUGCCAAUCCAUUGGAUCAUAUCCCUCCACCAGCACCAGAACCAACCAAGGUAGUCCUUCCUCCUCCGGUGAAAAGUCCGACACCGGCUGUGUCGACUCCAACGGAUUGUCUGACUUUACCUGUAGUGGCCCCUCCGGCGAUUGUGUCCAGCAACAGCAGUGCGGCCAGCUUUAGCGAUGACAUUCCCGAAGAAUUGACCUCUGAUCCCGCCAUGGCCAAGUCCAACAAGUCUCCAGCAGCAAAGUCAACGACGAACAAGCCCUUGUCAAAGGACGAAAAGGUCCAGGCUUGCAGGGAUCGGAACCGACAGCAUGCGAGGAACACCAGGUUGCGCAAAAAGGCCUAUGUCGAAGAACUCAAGCGAUCCAUGAUGGAGCUUGUGGAGCAACGAGAUCAAGAUCUGGAGAAGAAAAAGAAGCAAGAGUCUCAAAAGCGACAGCAUCGGGAAAAGCGCAAGAGAGUCUUACAGGACUUUUUGGAAUUGCGAGGGCGCAAUGAACAGGACGAAGCCAAGUGGGAAAAGCUCGUCAAGGAUUCCAAGACAUUCCAGCUGACACUGCCCUUGACAACGUUUCAAACAAUGGCUGCGUCGUCGUCACCAAGCGCUGACGAAGAUCAAGUCCUCGUGGGGAUCAAAGAUGUCAUGGCUGAUGCGGGUCACCUCGCCUCAGUUCUUCAAAGUCUGGGAACAUCAGAUGAUGGACCAGAAAGGACUCCUGUGUAUCUUCAGUAUCAGUCCGAACAGAUGCCGCUUCUCAUGGAUGGUACCAUGGGAAUCCUCAGUUGGAAGGCGACAUCAUUCGGAGCUAUGUCUCAGGGAGCCCGAGCAGAACUAUCGUCUUGCGGAACCAUCCGGGGUGUCUUUUGCCCGGAUACCGACAAGCUUGUUUCUGCUGUGCUUCUCUUUGACACGGGGGCCAUCCAAGCACAACUAUCAAAGCCACAUCACGUGUAACUACCCACUCGUAUUCAGAAGGGGGAAACCCUAUUCUCCGCUUCUGAAUCCCAAGCACACACCACACCACACCACACACACACCACAACAUCAAAUUUCAAGUACAUAUUUCAGUCAGGAAGAAAUCAUUUUCAACUGCGUCUCCGGCAAGCUGUCGCCGGCUCGUUGGUUCUACACCUCGACUUGAAUGGGUCCUGCUAUUUGGAAAACAAAAACAAAAAAAUGCGCAUCUUUCACAGUUUUUAAUCCUAUCACCCUGAAUUCGCCUAAUCUUCCGUGUACAAGACACACUGUGGGAUACAUCACUCUUCAUUCAUUCAUCCAUCAACUCUUCAUCCUAUGCUAUAUCAUUCGAAUGCUAUCACUUCGCUAUCGCCAACAAGCCAACGCUAGCUAGCUUACCUCUUCAAGCAUUCUGCACGUUUCCAUUCAUUAAAAUCUCAAUCUCCUUAAAAAAAGAAAAAAGUACAUGUAACUUUGAAUUGCGUUUAUCGCUGCUUCACCUCUAGUAGCACUUCACCAGCGGACAGCCUGUACCGUACCGUAGCGCAGGGUACCAGGUAGCACACUUCUCGCCAAACAAAUCAUAAGGCGAGACAGGAAGAGCCGGAAGAAACCAAAUUGUAAAAACUGAACUGGCUAGCUAGACAUGGCCGUUUGAAACCCUGAGAAUGUCUUAACUUUAUUCCGCUACAGUAGCUGCGGGACCGGUCGGCAUGGUACCAAUGGGCAGCAAGAUUCUAGUUGGAGCAACCCACAGCACCAUGUCCCACAAAAGAGAGCAACACAGUCUACCUUCUCGGAAGACUUCCCUGGUUUUCGUCCAUGGAAAAUCCAUUGAACAUGUCUUCCAUGUACGUGACAUCAAUGACGCUUUUGCUUCCGUUGCUUGUUUCAAUGCGGCGAUAGUCGGUGUUGUGAACAGGCACAAAUGCUUCCCAGUCUUCAUCGUCCGCUAGACUCACUUCGUCUUCAGUAUCCAGGUCAUGGCUCCAGGCGGGACUUCUAUGCAGACCAAAUUGAGAUACAGUUGAGGAGCAGUGGGAAGUGGAAGCCGAAGGAGCCCGCUGGGUGAACCUCGACGCGUGAGAAGCAAAGGAGGGAGCCGCAGACAGUUGGCUGGGCGUUCGAUAGAUGGAUUCCUGUUGCUUGGGUGGUGCGAGGUAGCGUCUCCCAGCUAGAUUGUUCAUUCUUGUUCCGUGGUAGUCGCCUUCAUCGUCCGCGUCGUCGUGGUCAUCGUCGUCACCCCAGUCAACGGGGUGUCCACUAUAGGAGGAUGACUCAUGAAUGGAUGAAGCCAGCAUAUCUUCGUCAUCACUGUCCUGCGCUCCAACUCUACCGCUGGUAGUGUUGUCAACGGGCAAGGUGAACGUUCCCGACGCGGUGGAAACGGCAUCCCCCUCGCCGUGGAUGGAUCCGACAAAACACGGAGCAGUACACAAGAGAUCAUGCACCGUCAUAGCAAAGUCGUUCCAUCUUGGCUCUUGCGCAUGAGUUCUGCCCGAACUGUCUUGUCUUUCAUCCGCGACAUACAUUCGAUCAUCCGUGAUACAAUCUCGUCUUUGUGGUGCGACGACGAUGGGCUCGUCGCCACGAUGGCGACUUGAACUCUUGUUCGAUGUCUUGCCUGGUGCAUCCUUGCUGAUGUACCGACUACGCUCGAGACGCUGGUCCCUGCUAGAAUGAUUCGAAAUUUCCAUGGUUGUUGUUUCUGCUGGUAGCUCUUGAAUGGAUUGGGGCAAAAGAAAAUCGAGAACCUCUCACUUUUCUUGCAACGUUGAUCAAACAAUGUGCUCAGCCCUCCCUAAACGAGUGGGGACGCUGCCAUUUUCAUGAGUACGGAGUAUCAGGACAUCAGAUCAACUGAUCAUUUCCAUGCAGGUCUCCCCUUUUCAACGCAUGCAUUUUGACGGCGCUCCUUGGCAUCUCAGUGAGUAGAGAUGGCCGACGAUUGUUGCCAAGGUCCAGUCCCAGAACGAAUCUUUUCAACCGAAUUCACUGCAAGGUUGCCCAUGAAAGUUUCGUUGGGUUCGACCAGUGGCACGGAUCUCAAUGGAGGAAAUCUGAUCCAAUUUGCCACGGUCAAGAGGAAAGAAAGAUUCGAUCCUUGCACAACGUGUCGGAGCAACGGAUACCCAUGGUGCAGCAUUGUAGGAUUCAGAUAGAUUUCGAACGACUGCAUGACCACAUGACAGUCAACUUUUCGGUACCAUAACCAUUAUCUUUGCUUACGCUAGAGAAUGGUUUUGGUCGGUCUUUGACGUGAUGAUCACAACGGAUGGAUCGGGAACCAUUGUUGCUUCCAUGCCCUUGCCCAUGUUCCAAAAGGAAGCCUGCGGUGGAGCAGAACACACUUUGCUUGCGGUUUUGUCUACCGUUGGGUACCCUUACACCGCUUUGCUGCUUGGAAUUUUAUAGUACAUGUAAGAAGUGGCCGGCACAAUACGUAGGCACCAGAGAGUCGAGUCGAGUCGAGUCGAGUCGAGUCGAGUCGAGUCGAGUCGAGUCGAGUCGAGUCGAGUCGAGUCGAGUCGAG